CGGAUUAGUACACUGCGGAUAAGCGAUGCUUUGAUUGUCGGACAGUGAAUCAGCGUCACGUAUAUCAAUAGUCCAAAAGAGCAGCUAAACCCACUUCUGGUGCUUUCACAUGAACGGAAUAAAAUGCAGUCGGACGACGCACAAAUUUUGAAACGGAGAGUUAAGACUGUUAAUAUAGAUGUGCACCCGACGGAGAAGGCUCUAGUGGUGCACUAUGACUUGGAAGCGACCAUUUUAGGAGAGAAAGGCGAUGCGAGGCACGAGGAGAAGAAAAACUGCCAGAAAAUUAUCCGACUGAGGAGUCUGAAUCCUGGCACUGAUAUUCCGUCCCUUGCCAGGAAGGUGGUAGAAGAGUGCAAACUCAUCCAUCCAUCAAAGCUGGCUGAGGUGGAGCAUCUACUGCUGUAUUUACAGAACCGAAAGAAGCCCAGCACUAAAUUGGAGAAGGAGAAGAAACCUGUGAAACCCAGAGAACUCACACCAUUUGAGGGAAUGGAAGUUGAUGAGGAUGCCAACAUUAAUAAAAUAGAUGAUUAUAUAGAGCUCUUGUAUGAGGGCAUGCCUGAGAAGAUCAGAGGUUCCACUCUCAUUCUACACCUGGCCCGGAACCCUGACAACCUGGAGGAGCUCCUGCAUAAUGAGACUGUAAUUGGAGCUUUAGCCCGAGUGUUGAGAGAAGACUGGAAGCACAGUGUUGAGUUAGCGACCACUAUUGUCUAUGUUUUCUUCUGGUUCUCAAGUUUCUCUCAAUUCCACACACUGAUUACACACUAUAAGAUCGGCGCUCUGUGUAUGAGCAUCAUAGAGCAUGAGCUGAAGAAGUAUGACCUAUGGCAGGAUGAGUUAGAGAAGAAGACCAAGGCUUGUGAAGAAGACCCUGACAACCAGAACUUACGAAAGGAGCAUGAGAAAACCCUUAAGAAAUAUCAAAGCCUUCUUGUCAAACAGGAGCAGCUGCUGCGAGUUGCAUUUUACCUGCUGCUCAACUUGUCUGAGGACACCCGCACAGAGCUCAAGAUGAGGAACAAAAACAUUGUCUACCUGCUGGUGAAUACUCUGGAAAGAGAAAAUGAAGAACUGUUGGUGCUGGUGGUCUCGUUUCUCAAAAAGCUCAGCAUCUUCUUGGAGAACAAGAAUGAAAUGGCUGAGCUGGACACUGUGGAGAAGCUUGCUCAUCUAGUUCCAUGUGAACAUGAAGAUCUGCUGAACGUCACUCUGCGACUCCUCCAUAACCUCUCCUUCGACACAGGCCUGCGUACCAAAAUGGUGCACGUGGGUCUGCUCCCCAAACUCACUGCUCUGCUGGGUAAUGACACACACAAGCAUGUAGCGAUGCGCAUCCUCUACCACAUCAGCGUGGAUGACAAGUCAAAAUCCAUGUUUGCAUACACUGAUUGCAUCCCUCAGCUUACGCAAAUGCUAUUCGAACACAACAAUGAAAGAAUCGACACUGAGCUUAUCUCCUUCUGCAUCAACCUGGCUGCCAACAAGAGGAAUGCUCAGAUUAUCUGUGAGGGUAAUGGAUUGAAGAUGCUGAUGAAGAGAGCACUCAAACUGAAGGACCCGCUGCUGAUGAAGAUGAUUAGGAACAUAUCACAGCAUGACGGACACUUGAAACAGCUCUUCAUUGACUUUGUGGGUGACCUGGCGGCUCAGAUCAAGCAGGAGGAAGAUGAGGAGUUUGUUAUUGAGUGCUUGGGUACAAUGGCUAACCUCACCAUCCCUGACCUGGACUGGGAGCUCCUGCUGAAAGAGUACAACUUGGUGCCCUACCUCAAAGACCACCUCAAACCUGGCUCAGCAGAGGAUGACUUGAUCCUGGAGGUGGUGAUCAUGAUUGGUACGGUGUCUAUGGAUGACUCCUGUGCCGUCAUGCUGGCAAAGUCAGGCAUCAUCCCUGCUCUAAUUGAGCUGCUAAAUGCCCAACAGGAAGAUGAUGAAUUUGUAUGUCAGAUCAUCUAUGUCUUCUACCAGAUGGUCUUCCACCAGGCAACCAGAGAUGUCAUCAUUAAGGACACUCAGGCUCCAGCCUACCUCAUCGACCUGAUGCAUGACAAAAAUGUGGAGAUCCGGAAGGUGUGUGACAACACUCUGGAUAUUAUCGCCGAGUAUGAUGAAGAGUGGGGGAAGAAGAUACAGAGUGAGAAGUUUCGCUGGCAUAACUCACAGUGGUUGGAGAUGGUGGAGAGCAGACAGAUGGAGGAGGCUGAGCCCUACCUGUACGGAGACGAUCCAGACACCCUUGAGCAGCCUGAUCUCUUCUACAGCACUGAAGGUAUGAUGCCCCCUGAGCCAGUCCUCAGUCCAGACUUCUACAGCCAGUUCCACUCUCAGAAUGGAGACUUCAACGCCUGCAAUGGAGCCGAUGGACGUCCUGCCACUGCUUACGGUUUUCGUCCAGACGAGCCAUUCUUCCACGGGUAUGGAUCAACCAGAUAGAACCACUGCACUAAUCAAAUCUCCAAGUCACUACAAGUGAAUAUUUAUCUUCCAGAAUGGGAAACAAACUUAAGCUCUUCAUGCUUGUCUUGUCAACAAAAUUUGAGCCCACCCCUGGAUUUAGAGGCAGACUUAAUGGAGAGUCCUCACAUAAAAUGGUUGGUAAUGCUUCCUAAUAACUUCAUUAAGUAACAUUAUAAAAAGCUUAGCAUAGCAGUACUUCACGUAGAUUCAAAUAUGAAUGUACAGUGUCCCCGAAAGGUUUUUGGACACUAAUUUAGACUUUACAAUGUUUAAAUGUAAUUGAAUUAGAUAACAAAAUACAAUUUCAAACCAAGUGGCAUUUGCAAACAAAUGAUUUUUCUAGUCAUUUUUGCAGUAACUUUUAAUCAACUGGAUCGAAUGUUAUUUUCUUAUUGAAUAUACAAACUAAGUUUUCCAAAUGCAAAAUCAUGACAUUUUUAACUAUUUGAAUGUACAUGAAAUAACAGUCAUUAGUAUUAUACACUGUAAAAAUGAUUAUUCGUUUUAUUAAUGGAAGUUAUUAUAAAGUGUUACCAGACGUUUUGUGAUUUAGGGGUUGCAAUGGGGUUUAGAACAGCACUCAGUAGAUUUGUGCAGCAUGUUCCAGAGUUGCCACAAAUGAAAGAAGAGGUUCUAAUGAUUGAACACAAAACUUUAUAGGUGGUUCUAUUUUAAUUUCAGGAAAGUCUUAAUUUAUUUACAAAAAAUGUUUAGGUUCACUUUAGUUGUAUGUCCUGUAUAUCCACUUAUCUCUUCUCAUCUUCAUAUUCACUACAUAAAUUCUUAACAGAUUUGCCAUAAUCAGCCGCUAAAAUACAAUUGAUAUACCAUCUAUCAUUUAUCAUGUAAGAGAUUGUGGGAUUUUGAACUCCUGAACAGUAACUGAAUAUUCUUAUGUCCAGUUCUCAUUAAUCAAAGAAGACUGCUUAAAUACGUAAACCGGUAACUGCUUAAACGGCUUUAAAAAAUGUAGCCUAACUCACUCAACUUGUCAUGCAUAAUUGCAGAAAUAGUGUUCCAUGCCUAGUGUCUGUCAGGUAUCAUAUACAGUAGAUGUAUUAUCCCUUUGAGAUAUUUAUAAAUUAAAUUGACUACAUAAUCAGGAAUCCAGGAUUCAUUGAUUGAUUCAGUGAAUCUUAUAUACUUUCUAAGAAAUAGGAUGCUAAAUGCUGCCUGUUAAAAUGUUUAUGUAAUCUAUUAUACUUUAUUUCUGAUUCUUGCUGAAUGAGACAUAGCCUAAAUGUAUUCUUUUUAAUAAAACUACUGUAAAUUUAAGUUAAUUUUAUUUAUGGAAAUGGAACUCA